AUGGACACUGGUAGUUGUAUCAAUGCCUUGCGAAGAUUUUUUGGAAUACGUGGCCCUGCAAAGCAACUCAGGUCUGACUGCGGAACAAACUUUAUUGGAGCUAGCAGGGAACUAGGAUUUGUAAAAGACCCUGAGAAACAUCUGAGCAUCCUACGAUACUUAAGCGGACAGGGAUGCACUUGGGAUUUCAACCCCCCUCACGUGUCACACAUGGGAGGUGCUUGGGAGCGUAUGAUUGGCAUGACACGUAGAAUACUUGACUCUAUGUUUCUACAGAACAGACAGUCUCACCUCACUCAUGAAGUCCUUUGUACCUUUCUGACGGAAGUAUCUGCAAUACUAAAUGCCAGACCACUUGUCCCAAUUUCCUCUGACCCAGAGAUGCCAUUUUUAUUGAGCCCUGCCAUGCUGCUUACCCAGAAAACUGGUGUGUCAGCACCUCCAGGUAAUUUCACAAGGAAUGACCUUUUUAAAAGCCAGUGGAGACAAGUACAAGCCAUGGCAAAUGAAUUCUGGACACGAUGGAGACGUGAAUACCUCCCUACUCUGCAAAACAGGCGGAAAUGGGCCCACCCAUCUAGAAAUUUACAAAUAGGAGACAUUGUUUUGCUAAAGGAGAAUCAACUAUCACGCAAUGAAUGGCCUAUGGGAUUAAUCACCUCGGUAUUCCCUAGCAGUGAUGGCACUAUAAGAAAAAUAGAAGUUAAAACUGCCUCUCAAGGCAUCUCCAAAAACUUUAUCAGGCCUAUCACAGAAGUCAUUCUAAUAGUCCCUAAAAAAGACGGAUAA